CACGUGUCAGUGAUCAUAUGACAUGAAAAACCCGAGAGACUUCCACGUGAUGUAAUUUUAAAUAGCAACGAUAAAGCUGCGAAGAAAGGACCCGAAGAUAAUAACAAAGCGGUAACUGUCAUAAUACUUAAUGUUGUAUAAGGGUACAAAUUAUAACACCUUUGUAAGCUGCGUAACAGAUGAUGGAUUUGACGUGUAACCUCGCGUUGCUUGCUUUGAUCAUAGUUCAUUGUGCUCGCGCAUCACCGCCGAAUUUCGUUCUGCUUUUCGCCGAUGAUUUGGGUUACGGUGAUCUGGGGUGUUUUGGACACCCAAGCUCUCUCACUCCGAAUCUAGACAGACUAGCGGCGAAAGGUCUGCGUUUUACCGACUUCUACGUCACGAGUCCCGUGUGCAGCCCCUCCAGGGCAGCCUUGCUGACGGGUCGCUUCCAGACUCGUUCCGGCAUUUAUCCGGGUGUGCUCUAUCCGGGCUCAAGAGGGGGUCUCCCACUCAACGAGACCACUAUCGCAGAGGUCCUGAAGGCUCAGGGUUACACAACAGCCAUUAUCGGAAAAUGGCACCUGGGCGUUGGACUUAAUGGCACUUUCCUACCCACCAGACAGGGCUUUGACAAUUAUCUUGGAAUCCCAUACUCGCAUGACCAGGGUCCCUGUCAGAAUCUCACCUGCUUUCCUCCAGAUGUGAAGUGCUAUGGCCUCUGUGAUCAGGGUGUGGUAACUGUGCCUCUCAUGUUUAAUGAGAUUAUCAAGCAGCAGCCCGCAGAUUUCCUGCAGCUUGAGAAGGCCUACAGCAAAUUUGCGUCUCAGUUCAUUAAUGAUGCCGUCCUAAAUAAGAGCCCAUUCUUCUUGUAUUAUCCUUCACAUCACACACACUACCCUCAGUAUGCAGGUGCGGACUAUGCAGGUAAGUCACCGCGUGGGCCGUUCGGUGAUGCUUUGAUGGAGUUUGAUGGCACAGUGGGGAAGAUUCUGCAAACUCUGGAGGAGACCGGUGUGAUCAACAAUACUCUCAUCUUCUUCACUGGUGACAAUGGGCCAGAGCUAAUGCGGAAGUCACGUGGGGGAAAUGCGGGACUGAUGAAAUGUGGCAAAGGCACGACUUACGAAGGAGGAAUGAGAGAGCCGGCCAUCGCAUAUUGGCCUGGAUUCAUUCAACCAGGUGUCACCCGUGCACUGGCCAGCUCUUUGGACAUCCUGCCCACCUUUGCCAAACUGGCUGGGGCUCCAUUACCCGAGGUGCAGCUGGACGGGGUGGACAUGAUAGACAUCCUGUUCAAUAAAGGACCGAGUAAAAGACAGACCAUGUUUUACUACCCCACUGACCCAAGUAAGAAGUAUAGCGUGUUUGCAGUGAGAUGGAAAAAUUUCAAAGCUCAUUACUUUACACGGGGCGCAGCUCACAGUGAGACCACCCCAGACAACAACUGCUCAUUACUGGCCUUCAAGUAUCAUGAUCCUCCUUUACUAUUUAACCUGGAGGCAGACCCCUCAGAAAACUAUAACCUUGAUGGUACUGAAUGGGACCCUGUGCUCAAGGAAAUUCAGACCAUCAAGGAGCAGUUUGAGGCUUCUAUGGUGUUUGGUGAAAGUCAGAUUGCCAAAGGCACAGACUCUGCACUCGAGCCCUGCUGCACUCCGAAUUGCACCCCUAAACCCGAAUGCUGCCACUGCACUUAAGCACUUUAAUAAAAGCGGUAGUCAGCCGGAACACAGAACACUGUCGAAUCCCAGCAUGACCAUGAAAAUUUGAUUUUAUAAUAUAUUUUUUUAGGUAAUAUGUAUUGUAAUUUGAUUUUUUUUUUUUUAAAUUGGUAUUAAAAAAGUAUAUCAGCUGGUGUUGGUGAUAUACCAGUUGGUAUACCAGGCCUGCAAGAACAGGUUUGGCAAAGUGACUUCCAUCCAGAGGACCGACCAAAGUGAGAAGGGAAUGAGGGAAAGGGAGACUGACCAUCUAGUGUGAUGAAGGCACCGACAACUACGGAAGAACUGGAGGAAGGCAACGCAGGCAGAGAAACAGGGUCUAAAAGUCUUAUGGGAGGAGGUCAGACAAAAACUGUCCAGGCUUUGCAAAGCUGAACGUAUCCGCAAGGGCAGGAAAUGGAAAGAACGAGCCAGCUUCUUCAAAGACCCCUUUAAGCAUGCCAGACAGCUGCUGGAGGAAAAGAAGAGUGGGAAGCUCGAAACCACCAUGGAGAAACUGGAGCACGUUAGGAACACCAGGGUAUGUACUUAAGCCUGCACCUCAGACUGCUGUGUUCAAAAUCAUGCCCCCAAGCUCAGUGAAGUUAGGCUGAAUAAUCACACUUCAGGAUUGAAGGAGCGAAAUGAUGCUGACCCGUGGGCACCAGAGGGGGUGUGACCUGUAGCAAUGCCUAGCAGGUGUUCCACAUACCUGUACAUUUCACUUAAGGUAAUUUGUAAUGUAAUUGGUAUCAAAAAAAUGUGUCGUUCAGAAACUGAAGUCGAGGUAUUGUUAUCGAUAUUGAAACAUUUUGAACGAUAUCCAGCCCUACUGUCAUGACAGUAACUGUAAGUGACUACAUGAUAGUAUGAUUGAAGUUACUGGUGUUUUCAAAGGGAAUUGCGGAGCUAAAUGACAGUUAUAGAAUGUGUUUGUUUGUUUUUUUUAAGCACAAAUGUAUGAAUGUUUACUCUCCAAUUUAUCUCAUACUGUCUUUUGAGAUGAAUUUGAUAUCAGUCUGCUUUUAACACCUAAUCAUUAAGUUUUAGAAAUAAAAGGAAUUAAAAGAA